AUGGAGAGGCUUGUGGAAAUUUACACAAAUCAGCUUAAGGAAUUAGAUAAAAUCAGAGACAAAAAUGAAGGGAAAUUAUCUGACAUUGAAAGAACAUUUUACAAUUUUUUGCUUAGCUCCCUUGAGAUUGUGAAUGCUUUAAAGGAACAAAGUAAUGAAAAACAAAAAGAUAAUGUCAAUGAUAAUACACCUGCGUCUAGCACAAAUAAAAAUUAUGAUGAAAACAGCAGGGCUAGAAGUCCAAUAAAAUUACAUGACGACUACACUACUAAUACCGAAGAAAAAACUCUAGAUCAAGACACGAGUUCAGACGAAGAACCCAUUAAACGCCGCAGAGGCGACCAGACCGUAAGAACAAAAACCCACAAACCAAAUGCUAAAAAAGUAAAACUCAGUACGCACACACAAAUAAUCUCACCGAUCGUUAUGGCUAAUCAAGCUAGCAUUAGCACAAAUGAUCAAGAGUUAAAUAAUGAUGUGCAAACACAUUCUGAAUCUAAUCAGGAAAAUGAAACUGAUAACAACACGGAUACCAACAUAUGCGAAACAGAAUAUAAUGCUAACUCAGAUAAUCAGAUGAUAACAAAUAAUGAAAACACAGACAGCAAUACACAAAAUUCAGUGAAUAACACACAAAGAAAACUUCCACCUUUAAUUCUUAAGGAAAAUUUCAUGACUUGGGGAAAUAUUAAAAAAGUAUUUCAUACCAAAAAAUUCUCAUUUAUCGGACAAAAUUUGAGGAACGAUGGAAUAAAAGUCAUUGAAGGAGACGCUGAAAGUUAUAGAGGCAUUGUUAAGUACUCAAAGAGCUGA